AUGGUUCGUCACAAGAAAGACAAUUUCUCUCGAGGAGGAAAGAAGUUCUUCGCCCCCCGCCCACGACCGGUGCCCCGCGGUGACGGCGAAGAUGCUUCAGGCUCGUCGCGGCCGGCCUUCAAGGCCGCCUGCUGGGACAUGGGACACUGUGACCCCAAGCGAUGUUCAGGAAAGCGUCUGAUGAAGCUGGGCUUGAUGCGGGAGCUCCAUAUCGGCCAACGAUUCCCCGGCGUUAUUGUCUCGCCCAACGCGAAGAAAGUCGUCUCUCCUGCUGAUAAAGAACUAAUGGAACAAUAUGGCGCCGCAGUUGUGGAAUGCUCUUGGGUUCGAGUCAAGGAAGUGCCCUGGUCACGGAUUGGCGGCAAAUGCGAACGAUUGCUGCCCUACCUCAUUGCGGCUAACACGGUAAACUACGGCAAGCCCUGGCGAUUGAACUGCGUUGAAGCCUUGGCCGCAUGUUUCUGUAUCUGUGGACACGAAGAAUGGGCACGGGAAGUCCUCAAGAACUUCAGAUAUGGGGAGGCAUUCCUCGAGAUCAACUCAGAACUUCUUCAGCGUUACGCCGCCUGUGCGACAGAAGAGGAUGUAAAGAGGACAGAGGAGGAGUGGCUUGCCAAGAUCGAACAAGAGUACGAAGACAGCCGCGCCGAGGGAACGAAUGAUAUUUGGACGACUGGAAACACCAACCGUUUGCCCGCCAAGCAUGGCUUUGACGAUGACGACGAUGACGAUGACGAUGAGAAUGACGAUGAUGAAGAUGGUGAAUCUGAAGAGGAAAACAGUGAGGAGGAAGAUGAAGCCGAGGUCGACAGAGACCCAUUCGCGAUUUCCGAUGACUCAGAGGACGAAGACCAAAUGGCAGAAAUCCGGCAGAAGAUAUUGAACUCCAAAGCUUUCCAGAACCCAUCUGUCGAAGAAAAGCAACGACCCGAGAAGAUCGAAAGACCAGAGCCUACAUAUGUUGACUCGGACGCCGAGUCUGGGUCGGCUGGAAGCGAGGACGAGGAUUUUGAUAACAUCAUUAACGCGACUACGGUGACGGACCGUACCGGUAUCAAGGAUGUCCAGCGACGUCGGGGACAGGAGACCGUGACUGCUUCAUUCUCGAGGACGGAGAUUUCUGCCCCGAAAAGAUGGUAA